CUUUUCCUCAGCUCUGACACUGCGCUCAGUGUUAUGCGCGUUGUCAGAGCAACGAUUUAGUGUUGAGUUAUUAGCCACACAAGCUAAGUGCUAGCUGCUGCUACGCCUGGAAUGAAUGACAGCCCAUUCAGGAGCUGUGUCUUAAAUCUGUUUAAUUUAAACUUACACUAUAAUUGUAUAGUUUUUUAUCGUGUUGCUGUCUACCUCAGUUCUAAUGGAGAAUUAUCCUUUACUUCAGCAUACACAUAUACAUGGAUUUGAUCAUACUUUUUAUCCAACUGAUGGCCCCAAUAACAGAGCAGCUAUACAAUGCGAUGCAACCCAGUUCAAUAGCCCGAUCAGGUCAGUGCUGCUGUGCAGGCUAACCUCCCACGUCCUAUCCUGUACCAGAGGAUCAUGUCGGAUACCUUAUGGUGUGCAGCGUCAUUCACCCGCUCCCACGCCCAUCCAGCAUAGCUUCCACAGACACCUCAUACCUAAAAUCACAGCUGUGGUCAGGUACUCAGACUUGUCCACGCAGAAGUACACUAUGAUUUACAACCUGCCAUACAUUAAGCACCUCAGAGCUUUGUCCAGGCUCAAACUGCUCCAAACUGCAAUCACCGUGAUGAUCUUGCCCCCUGUGUUCGUCAUGUACCUGCAGGGAGAUGUAUCCUCCUUCCUUGUAGGCUAUACAACAGGGAUAGCACUUCUUGCUGGUGCCAUGCUAUACACUGCCAGUCACUUCUUCAGGAGAGUGGUGGGGAUGAUGUACCUGGACCCGUCUCAGACGUCACUCAAAGUGUCCCACCUCACCUUCUGGGGCAAGCGCCAUGAUAUCUACAUCCCUGUGUCAGAUGUUUUGACCAUUGGAGACACAGGGGACUCCACAACAGAGACAAUAUUGAAACUAAAGAGAUACAGCAGUCCACAGACAUUAUAUUUCUCCAUUCGUUAUGGACGUGUGGUGGACCAACUGGGUUUUGAGAAGGUGUUUGGAAAUUGAUAAAAGGAUUCAGGAAUUUUAAAUGUGCUUGGAUUUCUCUCUGUUUCAAAAUCUACAGGUUGAGCUGAUGUAACUUAUAACUUAAUAUCGUUUAGCACUAAAGGGGAUAAUAUGUCAUUUUUGUCUAGAUUAAUUUUAGAAUCAGAGAAACAGCUGUAUAAACUGAAUAUUUCUUGCAAAUAACGAGAGAAUCAAACCAAAGUUAAAGGCAGACACCAGCUUAGGGCUAUUAACACUCGCCUGCAUUAAAUUUGCCGGUUGUUAUUCUAACUAUUCUAAUGUUUUUUUGUUCAGAAUUUGUGUUUAAUUUGACUUAUUUUGAUCUAAAAUCUAAAUCUAAAAUCUUGCAGACUGACUGAUUGUCCAUGACUGAAUUCAUUGAUCCCUGCACGUGAUAGAAUUCUCUACUGUAGUAUGUUAUUUAGACCGCUAGAUGUCACUAGACUCCAGGCAAUGUUCCUCAAAUGUGUCAGAUUCAUAGCUAAUAUUUGAUUAAGGCCAGAGCAAAAAUGCUUUUUUAUGAAUACUAAGUGCUGUAAAUUAGAUAAGCUAAUGAAACUUCCCCUUCUAUAAUUGCAAGCCCUCAUCAUUGUUUGUUGUUACUUUGAGUAAAUUAAAUCACCACA